GUCAUUCCUACCCCCAUACCCCUUCCCCCUUCACUCCCUUCUACCUAAUAUAAAAAAAAUUUUGAUAACUUUCUUAUUACUAAAAACAAUUUUAGAGCACUUUUAGAGCAAGUUAAUACAGUUUUCCCAUUAACUCCAUGCUCCCACACACAUAGGUUUCCCUCUUUCAGCAUUUACUGCCAGCAUCAUAGAUUCAUUGCCAUUGAUGAACCUCAUUUGUCACAUACUCACCCAAAGUCCAUAUUCUAUAUUAGGGUUCACUCUUGGUGUACAUUCGGUGAGUUUUGGCAAAGAUACAAAUGACAUAUAUCUACCAUACAUAGAGAGUAGUAUUUUCAUUGCCCUAAAAAUCAUUCUGUAUUCUGAUUAUUUAUUCCUCCCUCUACCCAUACUAUGCAAACCCAUUUUCAUGAAUAAUUUUAAAAUGAAUAAAAUUGUCCAUAUUUUGGAAGACAUUUCCUUUUUGAUGUUGCUGCUGCUGUUCAUCACAUAGGAUCAACAAUUGUGUAAGUACUAUGGAUAAUAUAGCUGUAAGCCUUCUGACUUCUUGAGCCCUUAAACUUUGGAUUUUAGGAGUGUUGAGUAUAAUCCAUUUUACAGAUCUAGAGCUAAAUCUAGAAAAAAAAUUCAGUGAUUCUCUUAGUUCAUCUUUAUUGCUAUAAUACAAUACCCCAAACUGGAUAAAUCAUGAAGUACAGAAAUUUCUUACAGUUCAAGUGGGUUUGGAAGUUCAAUAUCGAGAUGCUGGUGGGUUCAGCUGUCUCUCCAUUGAGGACUGCUUUACCCUUCUAGGUUGGUGCCUUGAUGCUGCAUUCUUGGGAGCUGGGAAGGAUUUCUGUUUUCUGGUGGUUGAAGGAUGGAAGUGAACUGCUUUCUGCCUUUUGCCAAUGGACAACUCAGCAUUUGAAAUGCAUGAAGAAGGAGCAUGGAAUGAUUUGUCUGCGGGAAAAGAAGAGGCAGUGGUCAUUGUUGAGCAUUUUCCUGGUGUGUCUCUUGGCCUGUGUCAUCACUACAGCCAUAGGAGUACUGAUUAUCUCCUUGGUUUACAUUAACAACUCCCAGUCUCAUUUAAAUGUUCAGUUUGCAUCUGGAGUCUGGCCUCUGCGAACAACAGUGGGUCCUAAAGGACAAAAGGCAGUUGAUCCAAAAUUCCAGUUUCUUAAUCAUUUACCUAAAUCCAAGGUGUUUGAGUUCCCUGGUGGUGCAAUCCAGUGGGCCCGGUACAGGAACAAUGUCAAAGACUAUCUCAAUGAUGAAGAAGAGGCCUUUGGCACUAGCUUGAACAGUCAGAAAUCACGGAUGACUCUGGGGACCUUGAGAAUAAAAAGCAAGGGCCUCCGGGCCCCUCACUGGCACUUCAAUGCUAAUGAACAUGGCUAUCUGGUACAGGGAACAGCAUGGAUUGGGGUAGUUGAUGAUGGUGGUCAGGUGGCUACCACAUACAAUGUCACAGCUGGUCAAGUGAUCUUCUUCCCCCAAAACACACUGCACUGGAUAAAGAAUGUGGGUGAUGAAGACUGCUUUUUCUUACUCUUUUUUUCUACACAUGACGAACUUCAGACUCUGGAUGUUGAUGAUGUAUUUUUUUCUACACCUGAAGACAUUGCUUCAAGGUCACUUAAGCCUGAAGGUGGAAUUGAUUUCAUUAGAAAAUUCCAUAAGCAAAAAGAGGAUCAGGCAGUCAAUCUUCCUCCCAACUUGGCAGAACUGGUUAUGAACGCUAGUUAUGCGCAGUCUCCUGACAGCCUUGUGUGGAGAUACUUUUAUGACCUUAAAGGUUCAAAAGAAUAUCAGUUUCCAGGAGGAGUAAUACAAAAGGCACAAUACUGGAAGAAUGGAAGUGAACUCAGCAACAAUGAAAAAGUUUUCAGUGAAUUCCUUAAUCAGCAUCAAAAUACCCUCGCUUUGAGUACACUGAGAAUUUAUAACAAUGGAUUACGACAACCACAUUUUCAUUUUAAUGCAAAUGAAAUGGGAUAUGUGUUAAGUGGAUGUGGAAAGGUUGGCAUUAUUAAUACUCAGAGUACCAUAGAGUUUAACAUUCACAUUGGAGAUGUGGUAUUUUUCCCCAUUGGAACCCAGCAUUACAUUAAGAACACAUGUGAUGAGGAUUUGCUUUUCAUUCUUGCCUUCAGCACUGGAGAUCAGCUGCAAACCCUUGACAUGGAUGAUUAUAUGCAAGCCACUUCAGAUCACAUCUUGGCCCAGCUUUUCUUCAGGAAGCAAAGUGAGUUUAAGAAGAUCCCAAAAUUCAAGGAGGACCAGGCAAUUAACCUGCCUUAGAGUUACUGAUGAGUUCAGAUCUAAGCUUCUGCUUUUGUUGUUGUUAAAGAAGGACCAUUUGGCUAAUGAGCUGGGGGCUCUUUAUGGAGUAGAGUGGUACAUCAGGUACAGAGCAGCCCUGCAAGGUUCAUUUAGCUAAUAGUGAUUACAGGCGAACAUUUCAGAUUAAUAGAUGUAAUGGAGCAGACCUGAUACAUUACUAUAUUUUUGUAUGAAUUUUAGUAUAUGUAUGUAUGUGUUUAUUUUCCUAUUGUUAUUUCAAGUUUAUUAUUCCAACUGUAAAACCAUUCUUUUUCUGCACAUAGGUAAAACUUAAUUCCAUGCAAAUAUUUUUGUUAUUCAUCAUUGUGAAAGGAAGUAAGGUCAACUUAUAUAUGUACAUAUUGAGGCACUGAAAUCCACAUUGUCAAUCCUUGUCCAAGAAGUUUAGUUUCAAGCUCUAGGCUGGCAAUUCCCAUGACAUGCUUUUUAUGGUGCCAAUAUUUUCAGAGACUCACUCUUACUAGUAUUGUGCACUUACAAUAUCUUAGUUAAGAAAACAAUGAUAAAAUAAUUAUGAAUUCAACAUCAUCUUUGAAUGUAUUUGGAUUUUAUAAUCACAUCAACUGUUUACACUUAAGGAAUAGCCAUUCCUGUGUUUGAAAAGCAUAGGGUUAAUUUAGUCUAUUGGUAAUGCUGAUUGUGUAUAAGGAUUCAAGGACAACUUAUCAUUCUUGAAGCUUGUCAGGGUUGGUAGUCUCUAAGUGGGAUGUUACUGUCUUAAAAAGAAAAUAAUUUGUUCAGAUCUAAUUUGUAUUUUGUUUUUGUUUAUAAUUUAUUUUAAUAGCUAUUUUUACCCUACAGUGUGUUAGGUACCACCAUCAGUUCUGGACUACCCUGUAUACAGUUCUCAAGUAGGAAAGACUGGUUCUCAAUGCCUUUGGCCACCAUCCCCUUUCACCAUUGCUCUGACCUCUAACAAGAUUUUUUUUAGAUGUCUCAGGCUAUUUCUAGGCUACAAAGAAUCUGUACUUCCCUCACCCCUUCUAUCUGAAUAAUUAAUCUGUUGACUACAAGUGUAGAAUACAGUGAAAAUGAGGAAUGGUUCACCUUUAACAGGGGGAAAUGGCCACCAACAUAAUGGACUUUAGGAACAACAAGACAGCCUUUCCCUGCUCUUGAGUCUUUCUUGGUUCAUCCGUCCAUCUACCAAUUCACUAAACAUUUACAAGCAACUACUAUAAGCAAAUGCUGUGAUACCCAUUAGUGAUAUGAAGUUGACUAUGAAAUUAUUUCCGCACUCAGGGAGUUUACAGCCCAUUAGGCACAUGCACACAAGCAAUCAGUGUGAUAUAUUGUGAUAAAGCUAUGAUGGGUAUACACUGUAAUAAGUGAUUUAUUUGUAUGAUCACACAAACUAUAUGUGCACAUAUACAUACAUAUAUACACGUGAAACACCAAACCCAGCCAUAGGGUGCUAAGUGGGGGAUUUCAAGGUUUCCUAGAGUAGCUCUGAGUAAAGUUGAACAGUUAGCUGAAGCACGAAGAGGAAGAUGGGACGUGUUUGUGUGAAGCUGUUCUAGGUUGAAGGUUGACGUAGUCAGUGGUUCCAGGCAAAGAUGUGUGAGAAAGUUCACUAUAACAGGAAGGAGUGGACCUAGUGGCAGGAGACAGGGUUGGAGGAGCAGGGAGAGAUCAGUUGUUAGAAUUCUUUACUGUGAAUUGUUCUUUUCUGGGAGAGCUAGCUAAGAUCAGAGCUUGGAACCAAGGGAAGUCUGUUGUUCUGAAGACACUUAGAAGUUUCAAUCUGGGAGCAAGAUUGAGAAGAUGCAGUGAACGCACAAACAAAAUAGGUACAUGGAAGAGAAUGUCCGAAUAGAAGGAAAUAGUCAUAAAAAGUAGAUGAAAAUGUGUGUAGAAAGAUUUUAUCUACUGAUUUUGUUUUAUUUUGUAAAUAUUUUGUAUGCUGUAAGCCAGUUCAUUAUCCAUUUCCUUGUAUCAGAAAGUAUUGUAUCAGAU